CCAUGGUGAGGAACGUGGACGACUUUGACUUCUGCCUGCCUUCACACGCCCAGGGCGUGCUGGAGGGGCUGCAGCGGCUGCGUGCCAACCCCAAACUGGCGGAUGUGACGCUGGUGGCGGGCGGACGGGAGUUCCCCUGCCACCGUGGCGUCCUGGCCCUCUGCAGCCACUACUUCCAUGCCAUGUUCUCUGGCGACUUCGCUGAGAGCAUCGCGGCAAGGGUGGAGCUGAAGGAGGUGGACCCCAGUGCGCUAGAGAUGCUGCUUGACUUCGCCUACACAGGGAAGGUCACCAUCAACCAGGGCAACGUGGAGGGGCUGAUGCGGACCUCCAGCCAGCUCCACUUCCCCACUAUCCAGAAGGUCUGCAGCCGCUACCUCCGGCAGCAGAUGGACGCCACCAACUGCCUAGGUAUCUGUGAGUUCGGCGAGAGCCACGGCUGCCCUGAGGUCUCCUCCAAGGCCUGGUCUUUCUUGCAGGAGAACUUUGAAGCCGUCUCUCAGCAGGAGGAGUUCCUCCAGCUCUCCAAGGAGAGGUUGGCUGUCUACCUCUCCAACGACCAGCUGCAGGUGCAGGAGGAGCAGAGCCUGGCCGAGGCCGUGCUGCGCUGGGUACGCCACGACCCAGGGCCCCGAGCCCAGUUCCUGCCCGAGCUGCUGGAGCUGGCCCACCUCGUCUCGCUGCCUGACCAGUACCUGCAGAACUUGCUUGCCACCGAGCCCCUUGUCCGUGACUCAGAUGCCAGCAAGGCCCUCGUUGCCCGAUCCUGCGCCACGGGGCAAAGCAACGCCAGUGCUCAGAAGAACCCGCCAACCCCACCACAGAAGCUGGAGGAGGUGCUGGUGGUGGUCGGUGGUCGUGUGCUGGAGGAGAGCGAGGAUGAAGAUGGGGGACUGGAGAUGCCAGCCGCCCCCAGGAACUUCGCCUUCUAUAACCCCAAAAGCAGGCGAUGGAUGGCUCUGCCCGACUUCCCCGAUUACAACAAAUGGGGAUUUUCCCUGGUGGCUCUGAACAACGACGUGUACGUCACAGGUGGCUCCCGGGGGUCUCAGAACGACACGUGGUCAACAACCCAGGCCUGGCGCUUCUGCCCCAGGGAUGGUGCCUGGAAGCCCAUCGCUUCCAUGCUGAGAGCCCGGACAAACCACACCAGCGCCGUCCUCAAUGGUGAGAUCUACGUCAUUGGGGGGACAACGGUGGACGUGGUGGAGGUGGAGCGCUAUGACCCCUACAACAAGAGCUGGUGUGCCAUCAGCCCAGCCCUCAAGUACGUGAGCAAUUUUGCGGCCGCCAGCUGCUUGGGCAAGCUCUACCUGGUGGGCUCCUGCGCCGUCAAGUACAACGCGCUCACGCUGCAGUGCUACAACCCUGUCCAAGAUUUGUGGAGUGUGAUCACAUCCCCCUUCAUCCCCAAGUACCUCUCGGCCCCGCGCUGCGCCACCCUGCGUGGGCUCAUCUACCUCAUCGGGGACAACACCAAGAAGGUCCAUGUGUACAACCCGGAGGCUAACAUCUGGCAGAAGGUACUGAUUUUAAGCAGUGUUCACGCUAGGGGGGGGAUGGUGCCACUGGGUGACCGGCUCUUCGUCACCGGUGGCCACUGGAAGGGCAUGGAUGGAGACUACCGGGUGGAGAUGGAGGUGUAUGACUGUGCCAAGGACCUCUGGACAAGGGAGGGCUCCCUGCCCUGCCUCUGGCUCUUCCACAGCUCCUCCUCCAUAUUCAUGGACACCUCCAAGUGGACGGAGGCUUUCCAGGGUGCCCACGGGUGGUAGGAGACCCUGCGGCGUUGCCUGUCACCCUGCACUGCUGCUCUCCCCCUCU